GCAAGGAUUCCAGAGCACACAUUCCCUCCGACUUCAAGACUGGUAUGUGACGGAACAUCAACGCUGCGACCUCAGGAAUGAACGUCACCGGGGAACGUUACAUUCCGCCAGGCGCUCGGACCUCUCGAUUUUGUUGUUCCAGUUCAAGAGCUAUAAGGGGCUCCCUGAGGGCAUCCUUUGUCCUUUUUGUUCCUUCUGCUCAUGUCUCAUCGUUUUCACCACAUCUCUGAGCUUCCGUUUUGUCUCUUGUCUCUCUCACGCCCGAGAGUGAGAUUUUUCGCUGUUCCUUUUGUGACUUGUCGGAAAGCGAGCCUCGACCGCACCAUCUUUGAUCUUCCCUCUCGUCGGAAGGCGAGACUUGAGUUCACCGCCAUAUCAUACAGCUUUAUUCAAUGUCUCAAGACAUGCAUUCAGAAGGCAGUGCGAGCAGUUUGGGCUCGCCUAUAUAUCGGCGACAUGAUUCUCCUACCAAUUCCCGACCCAAGCAGAGCGCAGCAGCUACGAAACAGCCUCCAGCUGGAAUUGAUCAAGCGCGUACAUUUCUACAGCAACUCUACAACCAGCGAUUGGGAUCCAGAGACUACUACGACCUCGAGAAGCCCUUUAUCUGCAGGAUAUCGACGCUUGAGUGGUUUGGCCUCUGUAGGGAGUUCGAUCUUGACGGCGCGAGGUCUGAAAGGUGGCCUAGAUUUUCAUACAACUCCGUCACAUCAACUCUCAAAAUCUACGCGAUGGCUUCCUGGUUACACGAAACUGUUAUCAGUUUUAUCAAUAAAUACUUUUGGACAACUUUCGAGCGAGCCCUUCCUACACAUAUAUUCGACGAUGUUCAGAUUACUACAGGCCUAAAGAUGAAUGGGUUUGCCGCAGAAUAUCGAGAUUCGACUAAAGUUGCGGAUAUCGGAAUUUUUAUGACGAACAAUACUCGGAAUGAGCUUAGAUGGGCUCUUGAGGUUGGCUUCUCUGAAAAAUACGACGAUCUUCGGGAAGACAUUCGACUCUGGCUUAUCGGCAACCCGACCUGUUCUAUGGCCGUUCUUGUCAAUAUCACGGAGAGCCCAAUACACCAAUGCCCACUUGAUUUCGACUUGGACCUUUGUGACGAACUCGGUAUGCCCCAGGAUGGCGAUCAGAUGACAGAAGAACAUUUCACUCUCCAUGGAGACUAUGGCCCUGUAGAAUUCAAGGGACAUCAGUGGGUUGGACAAAUCUCAGAAGUAUAUCUAGAGAUUUGGACUCGCAACCCUAGAACUGGGGUCCCCAGGCGAAGGGGAGGUCGAAUAUCUAUUGUUCCACCAACAAACCAGUCUCCUCAAUUCCAACUCGCCGACUUUCUCCCCAUUGACAAUCCUCAAAUGACAAGCUUCAAUUGGGACGUACUCCGAACGAAAUUGAAGACCAACAUUCUAUCCCACGCCUUGUUGAGGUACCGCGCGUGGCUUCACGAAAGCAGAAAAUGUGCAGGCGUGGUCGACGAUUCAUCUCAUAGGCCUUUGUAACGGGGUUUCAAUCGACAAGGGUAUGGCUGUGAUAGAAACUAGAGUCUUAUGGUGGAUGGAUGGAUUCCUGUGAUGGGUGGAUAGAUUCUUGUGAUGGGUGGAUGGAUGCUUGUGACGCAGAUAGGACUGAAGUGGCGCUGG